AACGAACAGGGCGAUAGACCAUUACUCAACCGUUGUACUUUUAGUCAAUGUACUUUAUGGCAUGCAUUCCGUCUUGAUCAGACAUGCUCAUGGCCACACUUGCUCAUGGCCACACUCACUCAUGGCCACACUCACUCAUGGCCACACUCACUCAUGGCCACACUCACUCAUGGCCACACUCACUCAUAGCCACACUCACUCAUGGCCUCACUCACUCAUGGCCUCACUCACUCAUGGCCACACUCACUCAUGGCCACACUACCUCAUGGCCACACACACUUAUGAUCGUGUCAUAGACAUCCGAUCCCUUAACUAAGUUCUCACAACGCACUCAUUUUGCCCAUCC